AUGGAGUCUGCCCCAACUACCACACUGGCUUACGACAGCUACCACAGGCAUGUUGAACCUUCAUCCACAUCUGCAGGCAUUACAACAACAGAGUUUGCCACAACAACCACAAUGUCUGCCUCAACAUACACAUCCUCACCAAAAACCACCAAAGAAGUUGUAAUGACAUCCACCUCUUCUGUGACAGCAAACACAGGUGUUGAAACUACACAUGAAUUUGCCAGUACAAACACAGAGGCUGCCACAACAACUACUUCUGAGGUUUCCACAAUAAACACAGAGUCUGCCACAUUGAACACAGUGGCUUCCACAGCAAUCACAUUCUCACAUGAAACAACCACGCCGGCUGAAACUUCAUCCACAUUUGCUGCCACAACUGGCUUACAGUUUGCUACAACAACCACAGAGACUGCCCCAACAACCACAGAGGUGUCCACAACAACCAAAGGGGUUGCAACACCAACCACAUCUGGUGCCACAACUAACACAGAGGUUGCCACCAUAAACACCGAGUCAGCCGCAUUGACCACAGAGGCUUUCACAGCAACCACAUUCUCAUCAGAAACUAACACACAGGCUGAAACUUCAUCCACAUUUGCAGCCACAACUAGCACACAGUUUGCCACAACAAACACAGAGACUGCCCCAUUAACCACAGAGGUGUCCACAACAACCAAAGGGGUUGCAACACCAACCACAUCUGGUGCCACAACUAACACAGAGGUUGCCACAAGAAACAUGGAGUCUGCCCAAAUUACCACAAUGGCUACGACAGCUACCACAGCCUCUCCCAAAUCAAUCACAGAUGGUGAACCUUCAUCCACAUCUGCAGGCAUUACAACAACAGAGUUUGCCACAACAACCACAAAGUCUGCCUCAACAUACACAUCCUCACCAAAAACCACCAAAGAAGUUGUAAUGACAUCCACCUCUUCUGAGAGAGCAAACACAGGUGUUGAAACUACACAUGAAUUUGCCAGUACAAACACAGAGGCUGCCACAAAAACUACUUCUGGUCCCACAUCAACGACAGUGGAAUCCGUAACAACAUCCACAGGGUCUGAAACAUCAUCCGCAUCUGCUGCCACAACUACCACAACAACAACAUCCUCACCACAAACCACUAAUGAAGUUGUAAUGACAUCCACAUAUUCUAUGACAGCAAACAGUGUUGUUGAAACCACAACUGAAACUGUCAGUACAAACACAGAGUUUGCCACAAUAACUAUUGCUGGUUCCACACCAACGACAAUACUAUCAGAAACAACAUCCACUGGCACAGAAAUAUCAUCCACAUCUGCAGCCACAUCUAACACAGAGGAUUCCACAAAAAACACAGAGUCUCCUGCAUUGACCACAUUGUCUUCCACAGCAAUCACAUUCUCUCCAGAAACAACCACAGAGGCUGAAACUUCAUCCACAUUUGCUGCCACAACUGGCAAACAGUUUACCACAACAACCACAGAGACUGCCCGAACAACCACAGAGGUGUCCACAACUAACAAAGGGGUUGAAAUAUCAACCAUAUCUGGUUCCACAACUAACACAGAGGUUUCCAGAAAAAACACAGAGUCUGCCACAUUGACCAUUGUGGCUUCCACAGCAAAAACUUUCUCACCAGAAUCAACCACACAAGCUGAAACUUCAUCCACAUUUGCUGCCACAACUGGCAAACAGUUUGCCACAACAAACUCAGAGACCAUCCCAACAACCACAGAGGUGUCCACAACAACAAAAGGGGUUGUAAUAUCAACCAUUUCUGGUGCCUCAACUAACACAGAGGUUUCCACAAUAAACACAGAGUCUGCCACAUUGAACACAGUGGCUUCCACAGUAAUCACAUUCUCACAUGAAUCAACCACACCGGCUGAAACUUCAUCCACAUUUGCUGCCACAACUGGCAAACAGUUUACCACAACAACCACAAAGCCUGCCUCAACAUACACAUCCUCACCAAAAACCACCAAAGAAGUUGUACUGACAUCCACCUCUUCUGAGACAGCAAACACAGGUAUUGAAACUACACAUGAAUUUGCCAGUACAAACUCAGAGGCUGCCACAACAACUACUUCUGGUCCCACAUCAACGACAGUGAAAUCAGUAAUAACAUCCACAGUGUCUGAAACAUCAUCCGCAUCUGCUGCCACAACUACCACAAAGUCUGCCACAACAACAACAUCCUCACCACAAACCACUAAUGAAGUUGUAAUGACAUCAACAUAUUCUACGAAAGCAAACAGAGGUGUUGAAACCACAACUGAAACUGCCAGUACAAACACAGAGGUUACCACAAUAACUGAUGCUGGUUCCAUACCAAUGACAAUACUAUCAGAAACAACAUCCACUGGCACAGAAAUUUCAUCCACAUCUGCAGCCACAUCUAACACAGAAGUUUCCACAAAAAACACAGAGUCUCCUGCAUUGACCACAUUGGCUUCCACAGCCACCACAUUCUCACAAGAAACAACCACACAAGCUGAAACUUCAUCCACAUUUGCUGCCACAACUGGAGGUUUCCACAAAAAACACAGAGUCUGCCGCAUUGACCACAGUUGCUUCCACAGCCACCACAUUCUCACCAGAAACAACCACACAAGCUGA